AAGAGGGAAUUCACGUGGUCGUGGUCGUGGUGGUGGUGGUGGCCGUGGUGGUGGGUCAAAUGGUUUUCUUGGCGGUGGAAGAGGAGCUGGACCUGCUAGAAGAGGUCCUCUUGCUGUGAAUGCUCACCCAUCAUCUUUCUCCAUUAACAAGGCAAGCUCGAAAAUCUGGGAACUUCUAUGUGUAUGAUUUUGGAAGUCUUGAGUUUCUGUGGUAUCAAAGCAUUUACUUCAUCAUGCUUAUAGCUAAACGAUGGCAGAAGCAGGUUUUCUCGUAGAUGCUAGAAGCCUUCUGAUGAUAGUUUGACAUUCUUUAACAUUCAGAACCUCGUCUAGGAGAUGAUUUCAUUUAGAAAAGUCUCUUACCCCUGCAAUUUCGGUGAACUUUUGGGUUUUUGUGGUUAAAUUUCAAGGACUUUGGCGGACAUGCGGACAUGUGGACGAGUUUUUGUUUUUUUUUACCACUGUGCUUUUUAGCUGAAGAGCUUCAGUGAGUUAAAAAGGUCAAAGUUUGUUCAUCCAGAACAAUGGCAUUGCUACUUGAAAAAAUAUACUUGUGGUGUUGUAGCGUUUGGGGAAAAGUUCAGUAACUGUUGUGGCAGUAAAUACGCUAUGUAGUAGCUUACCUCUCUACACAGUUUAUUUGCAUCAUGCGUGAAGUUAUUGAUGAGCCUCUUGCUACAUCUGGAAUUUCUUCUGCGUGCUAUGAACGUCCUGGUUUUUCCUUUAUCAUCAUAGUGGUAUAAAGAGUUGUUUUGGAACCGGAGCAGUGAACAAUAUGCAGCUGCCUGUCCGUAGGGUCAGGAGCUUGCCAUGGCAAAACGGUUUGUUUGAAGAUGGCCUAAGAGCUGCUGGGGUAUCAGGAGUUGAAGCUGGAACCAGGCUCCAUGUUACAAAUCUAGACCAGGGUGUGACAAAUGAAGAUAUAAGGGAACUCUUCUCUGAGAUUGGGGAGGUAGAGCGUUAUGCCAUUCAUUACGACAAGAAUGGGCGUCCAAGUGGCACAGCUGAAGUGGUAUAUCCAAGAAGAAGUGAUGCAAUUCAAGCUCUGAAGAAGUACAACAAUGUAUUAUUGGAUGGAAGACCAAUGAGACUUGAGAUUUUGGGUGGCAACAAGUCUGAUGCUCCUUUACCAGGUCGUGUGAAUGUGAAUGUCACUGGACUCAACGGAAGGCUGAAGAGGACUGUUGUUAUCCAACAAGGAGGAGGGAGAGGAAGAAUUAGAGGAGGGAGAGGAGGAAGAGGUCCAGCUCCUACUGUCAGUCGCCGCCUUCCAAUUCAUAAUAACCAGCAAGGAGGAGGGAUGAGAGGAGGAAGAGGCGGGUUCCGUAGUAGAGGAGGGCGUGGUGGUGGUGGCCGUGGUCGCCGUGGUGGCAAAGGAAACGGAAAGAAGCCAGUAGAGAAGUCAGCUGCUGAUCUUGACAAGGAUCUUGAGAGCUAUCACGCAGAUGCCAUGAACAUCUCUUAAAACCGCAGAACGGAAUCAGUGUGUCUUACUAACUAGUUUCAGACGAUGAUACCUUGCUUCUCUUUUUUUCAUGUCUUUUGUGGUUUGUUGGAGUUUGAUUGUGUAAAGUAAAUGAAAAUUGUUUAGAAUCUAGUCUUCUUAAGUUUACCUA